ACCGGUCCAUCGUCGAUGAUCGAUUGAUCACACUUCAACUAGGGUAUACAGCGAAGCCAAAGGUUUAGGUUAGUCCUCAACUACACAAACACGACCAGAUGUCAGUGGGUCCCCAAAAAUUUAAUGCCCUCGAAAUGUCUACGGGCCACAAACCCGACACCAAUGGGUAUUACGGCCGCUAAACGCUUUGUCGCUCGCCGGUCGACCGUUGCUGUAUAUUUUUAAAUCAAUGUGAGACCCCUACUCUGACUGUAUCGGCCGCAGGGUCAUGGGAAUUCGAAACGCACUACCACCCGCACCGAAAAUGUUGGCAUCAUGAUCCAGUUUGAAAGACGCCGUUUUUGCCCUUCGAAACCUGGGAUGGGAUGCUCGGGCUUCUUGUUUCGUGCACCAUACAAUGUGAACCUCGAGUACAGCAACUUCUGCCUUCUCAGGAUAGUGCUUUUUGGCAUACGGAUGUCGGAUACGAACAGGCACAUCAUUUUCCAGAAUGUCGAUGACUGACAAGUCUCUCUUUCGGUUGCUAACAGUGGGAAGGGGAAGAUCGAAAGAUGAAUUACUGGCCCGACUUCGCCUGAACGAGAGAAGGACGGUUGUGAAGCGAAAUGAAAUCGUUCUUCCGAGCUCUGAUGGAAUUUACACCAGGCAAGGCCAUACACAGUCUGUACGCUCUCAUACGCUAUAGGCAACUGGGAGUAGCAGAGGAGCCUUCCGCAACGUCUCAGCGACCGAGGACACCCUUUCGGGAUUGAGAGUGUAGCGGUGGACGGCAAAGCAAGCCGGUUAAUUUCAGCGCCAAAUCUUGGGCGGUCUUCUUCUCGAUGGAGUCAUAUUAACCGACAGGGUCGCCGUAAUACAAAAACCCGGACCGACCGCUGUAGCAUUUGUCCUUUUCUCCCCUUUUCCCUCUUCCUCCCUCUCCCCCUUUCUUCCUCCGUUUUUUAUCAGUAUAAUGCCACGAACGACCCGACAGUCUGAUGAAGAAACUCCCUUGUUGCAGAAGAUUGAGCGUACUCCCAUUCCUUGGUUCCAGUUCUCCAUCGUAUUGUUCCUCCAGUUGGCCGAACCUUUGACUUCUCAAGUUAUCUAUCCGUUCACUCCUCAGUUGAUACGUGAUAUUGGGAUAACUCAUGGGGACGAGACAAAAGUGGGGUAUUAUGUUGGACUGUUGCAAUCGUUAUUCUUUUUGACACAGGCCCUGACAGUCCUACACUGGGCUCGAAUUUCUGACCGAAUUGGGAGGAAACCCGUCAUUUUGACCGGCUUAUUUGGAUUAUCUAUGUCCAUGUUUUGUUUCGGACUUUCGAAAACCUUUUGGGGCCUUGUCAUGAGCCGAAGUCUUAAUGGCGCACUCAAUGGAAACAUUGGAGUAAUCAAGAGCAUCAUGGCAGAGAUGACUGAUUCGACGAAUAUAGCUCAGGCCUACGCCUACAUGCCGCUCGCUUGGUCAACGGGAGGUGUUCUUGGUCCACUCAUUGGCGGAGCCCUAUCCCGCCCUGCUGAUCAGUUCCCUGAUGUAUUCGGACACUCGGAUUUCCUGAAAAAAUACCCGUACUUCCUUCCCUGUGCUGUUCCGGCUGCCUUCUCCGCGCUUGCUUGGGUGGUUACCUUUUUCUUUCUGAAGGAAACGGUUCCCACAGCAGUCUCGAUGUCUCGGCUAUUCAAUUUUCGGAAGAGCAAGGCCAACCUCACACUUCAAAACGUCGCUUCCCCCCAAGAACGAACCGCUGCAGUACAAACUGAUGGCAUUACGAAUGCGAAUGAUAUCCCUGACAAUGAAAAACCUGUCCCGUUACGAAAAUUAAUCACACCCGCUGUUCUCAUUUCCGCGGGGAAUUAUGCUUGUCUUUCUCUCGUGGACAUUGCUUACCGUGCCAUCCAACCUUUAUACUUUUCUACGCCUGUUGAGCUAGGCGGUCUGGGCCUUCCUCCGUCCACUAUCGGAAAUAUUUUGUCGACGUUUGGGUUAUUGAAUGGAAUUGUGCAAAUCUUCUUUUUCGCCAAGAUUCAUGAUCGGAUGGGCUCAAAGGCGACAUUUACGACCGGGGUUGCUUCUUUUAUCCCAGUGUUGUUGGCUUUUCCCGUCAUGCGAUACCUUGUGUUGGAGAACCAGGGAGUUACACCUUUGGUUUGGGUCUUUGUGGGUGUCCAGAUUGUCAUAUCUGUCCUGAUGAGUUUCUCUUAUGGUGCUAUAUUCAUAUACAUCCAGGCAGCUUCGCCAAAUCGUGCGUCACUAGGGGCGACGAAUGGUAUUUGCCAGCUGUCUGUGAGCAUAUGUCGAGCCAUUGGGCCCGCAGCAGCCAAUUCGUUGUUCUCAGUCUCGAUAGAGAAGGGAUAUCUUGGAGGAUAUAUGGUGUACUAUGCACUUUUGGGGAUUGCGGGGAUGGCUUUGAUGGCUGCCUCGUUGUUGCCUAGGCAGGUGCGGCUAUGAUUACCAGACGGAUGGACACAGUGCAGCUUCAAAAAAGGACACAGAAGAAUGAUCAUGAAUGUGUAGUAUAACGUUCGAUACUUUUUACGAUAGAACGAAUCCUAUCCAAUCAACCACCGUAUAUACUUCUCUUUCAAUCUCUGGGUGAGAUGACCCAGAUGGGAAAC